AUGUCGCUCUGGAAGAGAACGGUCUACAGGAGUGUGUGCCUGUCCCUGGCCCUGCUGGUGGCUGUCACAGUGUUUCAGCGCAGCCUCACCCCCGGCCAGUUUCUGCAGGCGCACCCACCCCGGGCACUGGAGCAGAGUGGGCGCCUCGUGAAUCCCAACAGCUUCUGGAAGAGCCCCAAGGAAGAGGCCCUUCCGACCCCCACCAGCCUGCAGGAGCUGCAGGCCUGGGACGUGACCACUACCAACUGCUCAGCCAAUGUCAACCUGACCCACCAGACCUGGUUCCAGAGCCUGGAGCCCCACUUCCGGCAGUUCCUGCUCUACCGUCACUGCCGAUACUUCCCCAUGCUGUUGAGCCACCCGGAGAAGUGCCAGGGCGACGUGUACCUGCUGGUGGUCGUCAAGUCGGUCAUCACACAGCACGACCGCCGCGAGGCCAUCCGGCAGACCUGGGGCCGCGAGCAGGAGGCGGUGGCCGGGGGCCGCGGCGCCGUGCGGACGCUGUUCCUGCUGGGCACGGCCUCCAAGCAGGAGGAGCGUGCCCACUACCAGCAGCUCCUGGCCUACGAGGACCGGCUGUACGGCGACAUCCUGCAGUGGGACUUCCUGGACAGCUUCUUCAACCUGACCCUCAAGGAGAUCCACUUCCUCAAGUGGCUGGACAUCUUCUGCCCCCACGUCCGCUUCGUCUUCAAAGGGGAUGACGACGUCUUUGUCAACCCCGCCAACCUGCUAGAGUUCCUGGCUGACCAGCAGCCCCACGAGGACCUGUUUGUGGGGGACGUCCUGCAGCACGCACGGCCCAUCCGCAAGAAGGACAACAAAUACUACAUCCCCAGCGCCCUCUAUGCCAAGGCCACCUACCCGCCCUACGCCGGCGGCGGCGGCUUCCUCAUGGCCGGCGGCCUGGCCCGCCGCCUCUACCGUGCCUGCGACACCCUAGAGCUGUACCCCAUUGACGACGUCUUCCUGGGCAUGUGCCUGGAGGUGCUGGACGUGCGGCCGGUGGCCCACGAGGGCUUCAAGACCUUCGGCAUCUCCAGGAACCGCAACAGCCGCAUGAACAAGGAGCCCUGCUUCUUCCGUUCCAUGCUGGUGGUGCACAAGCUGCUGCCCGCCGAGCUGCUGGCCAUGUGGGGGCUGGUGCACGGCAACCUCACCUGCUCGCGCAAACUCCAGGUGCUCUGA